CGAGGCGAGGCACUCGAUGUCGCGUUGCUCGACGAUCAACGUCACCACGCUCGCCGGCCGCAGCGAGGCGGUCGAGGUGGGCCCGUCGGCGAGCGUGGGCGACCUGAAGCGCAAGAUCUCGCUGCUCGCGCCCGAGAACCAGCGCCUCUACUUCCGCGGCGCGCUCCUCGGCGACAAUGCGGCGGAGCUGGCUGAGUGCGGGCUUUCGGACGGUGCACGCGUCAAUCUGGUCGCGGCGAUGCGCGGCGGCGGAUUCUCUCCCGGCAAGGGGAAGGGCAAGGGUGACGGCGGCAAGGGCAAGGGCGGCAAGGGCGGCGGCAAGGGCAAGGGCGACGGCAAGGGCGGCAAGGGCAAGGGUGGCAAGGGCAAGGGCGGCAAGGGGAAGGGCAAGGGCAAGGGCAAGGGCGGCGCGAAGCAGGUGGUCGUCAAGCCCCACCGCCACGAGGGCGUCUACAUCGCCUCGGGCAAGGAGGACGUGCUCGUGACCCGCAACCUAGCGGUGGGCGACUCGGUGUACGGCGAGAAGCGGAUCGCGGUGGAGGAGGGCGAGGGCGAGGAGAAGACCAAGAUCGAGUACCGCGUCUGGAACCCGUUCCGCUCCAAGCUCGCCGCCGCCAUCCUCGGCGGGGUCGACUCCAUCUGGAUGAAGCCCGGCUCGAAGGUGCUCUACCUCGGCGCCGCGUCGGGCACGUCGGUCUCGCACGUCUCGGACCUCGUCGGCGAGACGGGCUGCGUCUACGCCGUCGAGUUCUCCCACCGCUCGGGCCGCGACCUGAUCAACGUCGCGAAGAAGCGCACAAACAUCAUCCCGAUCAUCGAGGACGCGCGCCACCCGCAAAAGUACCGGAUGCUCGUCGGCAUGGUCGACUGCAUCUUCGCCGACGUCGCGCAGCCCGACCAGGCGCGCAUCGUCGCGCUCAACGCCGCGCUCUUCCUCAAGAACGAAGGCCACUCGGUCAUCUCGAUCAAGGCGAGAUCCAGCCGAGAUACACCCGAGAGCCAGCCGAGAUCCAGCCGAGAUGCACCCGAGAUGCACCCCCCUCCCCCCCCUCCCCCACUUCAGCUCACCCUCGAGCCGUACGAGCGCGACCACGCCGUCGUCGUCUCCUGCUACCGGCAAGACAAGUCCAAGAAGCAAAAGACGAGCUAAGGCAGCGCGCCGCCACUCUGCCCCGCCCAGAGACGGGUUGGCGGCUCGCGUGACGCAUGGCGGUGAUUCUACGUCGGAGGGGGGAGGGGGGGGGGAGAGAGGAGGCCGUCGGUGGGCGAGGUGGCACUUGGCGCACCAAUCCCUGCCGUCGGGCACAGAGAGGCAGCGGCACCCAGGCGCGGGACCAUCCCUGGGUGCCGCGGGGGGCCGCGGCGGCCGCGAGGCCGUUGCAAACGGGCCGCGGCGCUGCUCUUGCGCUAAGCGUGGGGGCGGUAACCGUGUCGCAUUGUGGGGGCCUCUCCCUGUGCACGCUGCAAUGGUGAGAGAGCGGCCGCGUUGCGCGUGCGCGUCGUCGUCAUCUGAUUGCCACGCUGGUGGACAGCGAAACAAGCAUAAAAGUUUACAAAA